GGAUCUUCUUUUCAGAAAAUUGAUCCCAUGGGGAUCUCGAACUGGUCAGUGACGUAUGUUGAUUGGUCUAAACGAAGGCGGCAUCCAAAGACUUACAGAGCACAUGAGAUUUCAUUAGAGUUUAUGAAUAGUGUCUCGUCCGAGGAAAUGAGUGUGCACGUCACAAGUUUGGGAGAGCAUGGAGAGCUGCAUUGGCCUUGUACAUGGAACGGGAUUACACGGCCUUGUUAUCUGUUUGCAAGGAAGUUUCAUCCUGAUGCUCUCGACACAUUGGUCAACCUCUUCCAAAACUACACAAGCACGGUUGUCUGAGAUAGGAUUCUUGAGCCGCAAGUCUUUGACCUAAUUAUGUUCCAGAUGUUGAUUUUUUAGACACUGUAAAUUUUCUAUUUAUAAGAAAAUGAAAUAAUUCUUGGUCUUGUAAGUUGUGUUUCUUGAUGAAACUGAGAGCACAAUUAUCCCUGUCUCUCGGACAGGUUUCUUAGGGUAAUUAUGAUUUAAAGAAAAAGAAAAAAUGUAAAUAAGGCAAGAAACGUAUCUUAAUUAAGCGGUGGAAGAGCCGUCGCUUAGAGUACACGUGUAGUUAAAAAAAAAAACAAAGUCUUUCGAUUCUUCCCCUCUUCCUCUCUUCCGCUCGUUCGUCUCUAUCUCUUCCUCUCUAUCGCUUCGUCUCUGUCUCUCUGAUCGGACCUCCGUUUGGAUCUCUGUUCCAAGUCAAAACCAGAGAACUCUUGUUGAGAGUUGCUAUCGUCUCUCGAUCUUCUCCAACCGCUUUGAUUGUUUUUCUUCUUCUGAUCAUAUAAUUUCUGAAGAAAUCUUCAAUUUUCUAUGUAUGGAAGCCAUCAGAGAGAUAUCAAAGCAUCAAACUUUUGUUCAUCGUUCAAUUUUGUUCAAUUUUCGAUCUCAUGGAAGCCAUUAGAGAGAUAAAGGGCAAUAUAGGGAUGCAGAUUCUGGUUUUGGUUCUUUGUAAGCAAAGGAAAUGUUGGAGCAUUUAGAGAGUGUUCUAGCUAAUGAGCAUGUUGCUGUCAAAAGCGGCCACUACACUUGAUGAAACCCUUUGAUUUCGAAACAACCAGAGUCUUUUGCAAGGAUGUUGAAGUACUGAUGCAUGUAAAGACGAGAGCAUUUGAUCAUUAUAAGGGAUGGAGCUUGUACUUUGCAGAUGAUCCAAUCCAUAGAGAUGGUCGCUGAUGUGCGGCAGUUCCAAACUAUUGAAGCACGAGAAUGAAGCGCACGAAAACAUCAGCAAAGAAGAACACACAAGAAGAGGGUUCGUCUCAGCGAGAGACGCAAAGGCCAAAGAAGUGGGAUAAGUCUGAUACCACCCACUACAACAACAUGAAGAAGGUAGCCGUUCCGGCUACACAACUAGCAUGUCCUGAGACGAUGACAAUAUUGGGAAUCAAAGCAGACAUUGAAGGGCUAUUCCAGAACAUGGGUCUAGGCCAACUAUGCAACCUCAAGGAACCCACUUAUCCGGAGUUGGUACGCCAGUUCAUAGCAUCCGCAUACGUCAGCCGUCCCGAUGAUAGCCAUCAGGAAGGUUUUCUGGCAUUCGUAGUGCAGAAAGUAUACUAUGAGGUAUCUUUCACAGACCUCUGCGGACUAUUUGGAUUGAGUGCGGGGGAGAGGACAUCUGGUCUUUAUUGGACUUCAGAGCUGUUGAACUUCUGGGAAACGAUUGGCACAGGGGUUUAUAGAUCUUCUCAGGCAAAGGAGUCACUUAUCCGGAGCCCAGUACUGAGAUAUGCGACACGCCUCAUUGGCUCAUUGCUAUACGGGACAACCACAGCCGCAUCAGUCACGCAAUGGGAGUUGUGCCUCCUGUACCAAGGUGUGAGGCAUUUGCUACCGGCAUUUGGAAACUCUACAUUCCCACCUGCUACUGCCUUCAACAUGGGAGCGGUGCUGGCCGCAAACUUAGCAGGAUACAAGGGGAAAGUAACCAAAUCCAAGAGCAAUGCAUGUGGAUUUGGUGCAGUGAUUACUCGGAUCCUUAGACAUGUGGGUGUAGACUGCCAGAACCAGCAGGUAGCACUGGACAGAUCGAACAACAUUGCUUGGAACUACCUGGAUGUCAUUUCUCUAGUAAGUAAGGAGUUCAUAGCUGGUCCCCACUCGAGGAUCGAUCGGGAUGGUCCUUACGUCUACGUAUUCCAGGACCGAGCGAAGAAAACACUCUACUGCCACCUGCCUCAGAUCGGCCUGACUGCUCUACUUUCAGAGGCUGCAGUUGAGUUCCUACCCCCUGCUACCGCACUAGUAGACAAGCCAUCCUUCUUCACGCCAAAAUAUCAGACCAAAGGCAAGGCCGUGGUUGAUGAAGAAGGAGAAGAUGAGGCUGCACAAGCCAUUCCAGAUGAUUCACAACCCCAUCAGCUACUCCCAUCAGACUCCAGCCAGUACAAGCUGCAAGAGCUUCCACCGAACGCCACUUCGCGCCAGCAACAACAUUGGAGAGAUCAGAGCAUAAAGACAAACAACGACAUGCUACACAAGAUCUGGGCUGCCAUUUCACGUAUCAGGCCGUGUCGUUGCCAAAAGGAUGAUGUAGUUCAUCGGGACAACUCUCCAUCCAGCUCUGGUUCGGGUUCGAGUGGUACACACAGGGUAAGAAAGAGGUCCAAGAGACCCAACGAUGCAGGAACAUCUGGAGCAGGAGACGAGGAGUAGGAGCUAUCACCGGCCAGUAUUGCCAUUUGAUUUCCGACCGCGCUAUUUUAUUUUCUUUUUAUUCUAACGUUUUAUGGUCUUAUUUUCUGUUAAUUUUGAACUUAGUUUUUUUUUUCUUAAUUAUGAGUUCGUAUUUCUUUUACAUGGUUUCUUCGUUUUAUUUGGUUGUGUUUUGAGUAGUUUUUAAUUCGUAUUCAGCUUUGCCUUGC